UCCGAGCCACCACUUGUCAUUCAUUCCCAUAUUUCUAAAUUCACUUGUUAUUGAAGCAAUCAAAAAACCGACUCAAAGCAGAGCAUUUUGUUGGUCUAUAUAUAUUCUUGGUACGAGCUGAAGAUUGAAAAAGACCCUUUUGUCAUUAUUUAGAGGUCGACCAAUUUAUUUUUGGCUUGAUAACUAUAUAUAUGGUUUUUCUUUCUGUUUUCAAUUUUAGAAACUUCAACGUCUCCAACAACUUGGUGUAUUCUAUUUGUCAAGUCUGUAGAAUAAUAAGCAUCUUUUCUUUCUUGAAUCUUCAAUUCCUCGUGCAAGAAUGUUUCCUUAUAUAUAUAUUUAGGGCAUGCUAUAUUGCGGCUGCAUGUGAGUGGAAUGGAGGGAAAAUUUAGAAAUAUAGGUGGGGAGAAUGAAGGAAUGUUUUCUCCUAUGCUGUAUGGAUUCAAUAGAGAGCAAGAGAUGUCAGUGAUGGUGUCCGCUUUAGCCCAUGUGGUGGCCGGCGAUGUGGGAGUGGGAGAAGAGGCCGUGGCCGCUUCUUCAGCUGCAUGCAACCACUAUGCUGAUUUUCCUUUUUCGACUACGCCACCUUCAAAUUCAUCCGAGGCAGGUCCAAGUAUGAUAACUUCAACACAAGAAACAGCAGCAGUUUACUCCUACUCUCAAACACCAUCAGCAUCAGCAUCAGGAGCUUCGAGAAAGUACAGAGGAGUGCGGCGGCGGCCGUGGGGGAAGUGGGCUGCCGAGAUAAGAGAUCCGUACAAAGCAGCCAGAGUGUGGCUGGGCACCUUCGACACCGCAGAGGACGCCGCCAGGGCCUACGACGAGGCGGCGCUCCGUUUCAGAGGCAACAAAGCCAAGCUCAACUUCCCUGAGAAUGUCACACUCAUUCACAACAACGCCGGACGCCAGCCGCUGGCCUGAAUUUUCAUGGACUUGUUCCAGUCAUAAAUGACUAGAAUGUUCUAGAUCCUUUCGCUGAAUUAGUCACUGUACACCAAACAAAUACUGAAUUGUGCUUCUGGUCAAACCCAAUAAACACCUUGUUGGAAAUGGAUUUCCAACAGAAUAUAUAAACUUCUUCACUCAUAUUGUAAAAUAGAUAAAUACUCUUAUUUCCUUUAAAUUUUCACCAGAAAGAUUUUUAAUGAGAUUCAACCUGCCCCA